CGCAGCAGCAAGUCUGGGCGUCGUCCGCACAAGAAAGCACACACACUUUCCUGCCCCUUGCCAUGUUCCAUCACGAAAGCACACGUGCCACUCAACCAUUAUUGCAAUCAACCUAUCUACCGACUCACAACAGCACCAUGUCACAGCAGCAUGCCGUGGAUUGCGGGAAGCAGCAGGAGGCCGUGCCCAUGGAGUGCGAUGAUGAGCAGCAGGAAGGAUGUGGUCGCGCGGUCUGUGCGCAGCUGGCGGCGGCGGCGGCGGUAGCGGCCUCUCCCAUUAACGGACAGCAGAACAGCUCGAGCGGCGGCGGCGACAGCAUGGACUGGGAGCCCGCAUGCCGGCCCUGUCCUAACCACAGUGGUGCGGCGGCGGCAGCCGCACUGCCGUUGCUGCCGCCGCCCCCAGCCCCGCCGCUGGCGGUGCUGCCUCUGCCGCCCGCGCAGCUGGUCGUGCUGCUGGUGCCGCCGCCGCAGCUGGUUGUGAUUCGGAAGUAAAGGAUCUCACGCACGACUUGCGCUCGCUCGGCGUGCCCUACUUGCUUGGUGGCCAUAGAUCUCACGUGAAUGGGCAAGUCAGGUCGGGGCUUGGCUGCUGGGCGGCGUGGGCGGCGGCGGGGCCAACUACUGCUCUUUGAUACGGUACUACUGCUUGGGCCGAGAGUGUGUAUGAGAAGGGGGGGCUGAGACAGUGAAAGGAUGAGUGGUUGGAGGCGGUAGGUGAGCAGGCAAAGGUCGCACGUGCGGCAGGGGACAUGCGCUGCUGCUA